AAAGCUAAUCUGUGUAGCCAGAGUGACACAUAAGUUUCUCCUGUCCAUCCUUCCUAAAAUUUCUUUGUGUGUUCAUGCAUCCGAGAUUUUAUAUCCAAUUGACGAUAUUAUAUUAUCCAGGGAAAGUUUCAUACACGGUAUCCCAAUCUUAUUCAUGAAUGAUUCCUAGUGAAGAAUAAUUGUUAUAGAAGAGAGACAUAAUAUUGGUUAGUGGUACCUAGAUAUAGAUUGUGACGAACACACACUACAAGCUAGAAUACUCAGACGAGCGCAGCUAUGCCGAAGAAUACUACUACAUCCCCGAUGGAGGUGGAGGGCAGUGGUGAAAGCUGCGAAACACCGGAAAGGAUCAACAAGAUUGCUUGUGCUUGUGCUGUGGUAGCCUCCAUUAUAUCCAUUAUAUUUGGCUAUGAUACUGGUGUGAUGAGUGGAGCCAUGAUCUUCAUCAAGGAAGACCUCAAAAUCAACGAUGUACAAGUUGAAGUACUUGCAGGAAUACUAAACAUUUGUGCUCUAGUGGGAUCCCUAGCCGCUGGAAGAACAUCUGAUUACAUCGGUCGGCGUUACACUAUUGUUCUAGCCUCCAUUAUUUUCUUAAUAGGUGCAGUGCUAAUGGGGUAUGGUCCAAACUAUGCAGUCCUAAUGACUGGGAGGUGCACUGCUGGCGUCGGUGUAGGUUUUGCACUAAUGAUUGCUCCAGUUUACUCUGCAGAAAUUUCAUCUGCCAAAUCAAGAGGCCGUCUAACCGCGCUCCCAGAGCUUUGCAUAAGUCUUGGAAUCUUACUAGGGUAUGUAUCAAAUUAUUUGUUUGGAAAAUUCACUUUGAAACUCGGAUGGAGAUUGAUGCUAGGAGUUGCUGGACUUCCUUCAAUUGUCUUAGCUUUUGGGAUUCUCAAAAUGCCCGAGUCCCCAAGAUGGUUGGUGAUGCAAGGUAGGCUAGCAGAAGCCAAGAAAACUUUGUUACUAGUUUCUAAUUCCAAACAAGAAGCUGAGCACCGUUUUCGCGAUAUCUUGGUUGCUGCUGGAAUCAACAAAAAUUGCAACGAAGAUGUGGUGAAGGUCAGUAACACCACUAGGGGUGAAGGGGUUUGGAAAGAACUAUUUUUGAGGCCAACGCCCGCCGUCCGCCGGAUUUUAAUUGCAGCGAUUGGAAUCCACUUUUUUGAGCAUGCGACGGGGAUAGAAGCUGUUGUGUUAUAUAGUCCAAGAAUAUUCAAAAAAGCUGGGAUCAUUGGCAAAGACAAGUUAUUGCUUGCCACAGUUGGAGUUGGACUCACAAAAACUGUGUUUAUAUGUGUAGCCACACUGUUCCUUGACAAAGCUGGGAGAAGGCGCCUACUGUUGACCAGCACUGGUGGCAUGAUUAUAGCCCUAACAGGUUUAGGGUUUGGUUUGACCAUGGCUGAGCACUCCAAAGAGAAGCUGACUUGGGCUCUAAGCUUCAGUAUUGUGGCAGUAUAUGUGUUUGUGGCAUUCUUCUCAAUUGGGCUGGGGCCCAUAACAUGGGUUUACAGUACUGAGAUUUUUCCUUUGAAGCUUAGGGCACAAGGUUCCAGUAUUGGGGUGGCUGUGAAUAGGCUUAUGAAUGCAACAGUUUCUAUGAGCUUCAUUUCAAUUUACAAGGCAAUUACAAUUGGAGGGGCCUUCUUUAUGUUUGCAGGCAUAGCUGUUUUAGCCUGGAUAUUUUUCUUUUUCUUCUUGCCAGAGACCAAGGGAAGAUCCUUGGAAGAGAUGGAAAUGGUUUUCAGCAAAACUAGUGAUGCUAGUAGGUCUAGAAAUGAUACUGUAUGAAUGUGUUCAAGAAGUAAUGUGUAGAACAUGACUAGUUUGGGGAUAAAAUUAGUGGAACUUGGAAUUUGGAAUGUGUGUGUGUCAAUA